UAAAAACUAACGCAUAAAAUAAUUGGGAACAUCUGAUGGAAAUUAUUUUCGAAUAUGAUCUAUAUAAACAAUUUUAUCAACAAUUUAUGCGCCAUCACCUCAUUUCGAUUUCAGCCGAAUAAAAGAUAACAAGCACAAUGCUCAUCAAGUAGUAGUUUAAAUUGUGAAAUAAUUAUUAUUCGAGUUAUUUCCUAUCAUUAAAAGAAAAGCAUGGAAGUUUACAAGAACUUCUUUCCUGAUGUAUCCAAAGAUUUGCCUCGAAAGUCUGUGAAAGGCUUGUCACAAAUCGGAUCGAGUUUUGGGAUAAAAUAUCCGACAAACAGGGACCACCCCCUUCAUAGUGGUGACAUUUGGUUGGCAGGCAAAAGGGCGGAUGAGGGAGCAGAAGGCCUGUGGAGGAUACACGACGAGUUGUACGACCUCACAGAUUUCAUCGACCAACAUCCUGGCGGCAAAGAAUGGCUGAGGAUGACGAAGGGUACUGACAUCACGGAAGCUUUCGAAACUUAUCACAUUCAGGAGACAGCUCAAAAAAUCCUUCCGAAAUACUUCGAGAGAAAAGCGAAAAGUGCUAGGAAUUAUCCUUUUACAUUUCACGAAAACGGAUUUUAUAAGACGCUGAAAAAGAGGAUACGUCAGGAGGUUGGCAAAAUUCCCUCAAAAUUCGCCAAACAAUCCGAAAUUAUUGCAGAUUCCUUAUUCCUUUCGUAUGUAUUAACAGCUUGGUUAGCGACUUAUAGCUUCAGUUUUUUGCUAGGAUCUUUGUCAGGUGUUCUGUUGAGCUAUACGUCUAUAGCUGCUCAUAAUUUUUUUCACCAGAGGGAUAACUUCAGGAUGUAUUAUUUCGAUUUCACCAUGAUGUCUUCCAGGGAAUGGAGAAUUAGUCACGCCAUCAGCCAUCAUCUGUACACAAACACUAUAUCCGACAUGGAGAUAUCUUCAAUAGAACCCUUUUUCCAUUGGUUACCAUAUAAGAAGCACCCCUUAUUGAAAUAUUUGUCUUGGUUCUAUGGACCCAUAGUGUAUGUUUUCCUCUUUCUUGUAUCAUGGGUAAAAACCCUCAUCUCGAACAUUUCAAUGAAUGGAGAAGUGCCAUGGACAACGUUUCUGCCAUUUUCAAUUUUAGUGAUGCAAUACUUGGGCACUGACCAGAGUUUGUCCCGUUGUAUUUUAAUGUUUGCCUGGAUAAUUACAAGUGCGAGUUUUCAUUUUGGAAUAGUAGGCGUAAAUGCUGGUCAUCAUCAUCCGAUGUUAUUUCACGAUGGAGACGCAUCUAGACCGAAGGAAGAGAUGGACUUCGGCGUCUUCCAAAUGGACGCAGUUUCAGACAGAAGGGAAAUAAACCGCUCUCCUUUUCUUGUUAUAACUCACUUCGGAGAUCAUGCCCUUCACCAUUUAUUCCCAACCAUAGAUCACGGAAAACUCAAGUUUCUUUAUCCCACUUUUAUAAAAACAUGUGAAGAGUUUGGAGUGGAAUGGCGAUGUAGUUCGCAGCUAGAGAUGGUCAAAGGGCAAUAUCUUCAAUUAACUCGCGAUGUUAACGAAUCCCAACCAAAGAGAUUGAAGAAAAUCGAAGUAGUGGACUGAAUUUUGUUUGAACUUCUUCAUCUCAACAAUGUAUACAUGCGAACCUAUUUAUUGAGUAAAUUGUUAAGUUUCAAAUCAGGAA